UUUUUCUUUUUUUCUUUUUCUUUUUUUUUUAUCUAUCAUCAUGGCUAGUCCUCGACUUUCUAUCCUUUUAGUGACCUUGUUCUUGGUACUUUCUACUUUCUCUUAUGUUUCUGCAAAGAAAGGUCCUUUGGUGACUAACAAAGUUUACUUUGAUAUCAAACAAGGUGAUGAAGACUUGGGACGUAUUGUUAUUGGUUUAUAUGGAAAGACUGUUCCCAAGACUGCUGAAAAUUUCAGAGCUUUGGCCACUGGUGAAAAAGGUUUUGGUUACAAGGGUUCCAGUUUCCAUCGUGUUAUCAAACAAUUCAUGAUUCAAGGUGGUGAUUUUACUAAUGGCGAUGGUACUGGUGGCAAGUCCAUUUAUGAAACCGACAAGUUUGCUGAUGAAAACUUCAAACUUCAACAUACUGGACCUGGUGUAUUGUCCAUGGCUAACGCUGGUAAAGAUACCAAUGGCUCUCAAUUCUUCAUCACCACUGUCAAAACUUCUUGGUUGGAUGGACGUCACGUUGUGUUUGGUAUUGUUCUUGAAGGUAUGGAUGUUGUCACCAAGAUUGAAAACACCCCCACUGGUUUUAGAGAUAAACCCAAGGUUGCUGUCACCAUUGCUGACUCUGGUGAACUUCCUGUGGAACAAGUGGAACAUGUUGAAUUGUAGAAUAGACUUUAUACACUAGUCCUUUAUAUUAUUAUUUUGAUAUUUUUUUUUAUAUACUUUAUCAUUCGCAAUCUAUCAAAUAAAUAUAUACGAUACACUAUAAA